CGCCUCAGGGCGCAGGCGCGGAGAGGGGGUGGGGGGAGGAGGGAAAGCGGCGAGUAAGAUGGAAGAUGAGGAGGUCGCUGAGAGCUGGGAGGAGGCGGCAGACAGCGGGGAAAUAGACAGACGGUUGGAAAAAAAACUGAAGAUCACACAAAAGGAGAGGAAAUCCAAAUCUCCUCCCAAAGUGCCCAUUGUGAUUCAGGACGAUAGCCUUCCCACGGGGCCCCCUCCACAGAUUCGCAUCCUCAAGAGGCCCACCAGCAACGGUGUGGUCAGCAGCCCCAACUCCACCAGCAGGCCAGCCCUUCCCGUCAAGUCCCUAGCGCAGCGGGAGGCAGAGUACGCGGAGGCCCGGAAGCGGAUCCUGGGCAGCGCCAGCCCCGAGGAGGAGCAAGAGAAACCCAUCCUCGACCGGCCAACCAGGAUCUCCCAACCCGAAGACAGCAGGCAGCCUAACAAUGUGAUCAGACAGCCUUUGGGUCCUGAUGGGUCACAAGGCUUCAAACAGCGCAGAUAAACGCGGGCAGGGAAGGAUGCCGCCGCCACCGCCGUCACCACCUCCUGGGUCGUCCGCUGCGGGUCGCACUGCCGUGGCAGACAGCUGGACUUGAGCAGAGGGAACGACCUGACUUACUUGCACUGUGAUCCCCUUUGCUCCGCCCACUGUGACCUUGAACCCCAUGCACUGUGACCUCCCUUCCCCCCCCUUCCCACUGUGAUUGGCACGUCUACAAGGGCUGUCCCAAGUCAAGGGAAAGGGAAAGGGUGGGGGUUAGAGGAGGGUUGGGGGGACCCACCAAGGACUCAGAGUAGAGUCAGACAGUGCCACUUGGCCGCUUGGGGUGAAGCCAGUGCCAGCAAUAACAGUUUAUCAUGCUCAUUAAUUUGGGAUUUCAAACCACAAAUGAGAACUCCCAUCCACCCACCCUCAAGUGCAUGUCUUCAUCACUUAAAAGCAAGUUCCAUUUUGAAAAUAUCCUUUCUUUUUUUUUUUUUUUUCUUUCCUUCCUAUUUUUGUUUAUACAAAUAUUUGAUUUGCAAAAAAAAGUACAUGGGAGGGGUUUUAGCAGUUUAAUGAAUUUUUAAUUGAGAAAGGGUAGUUUGGUAGUCUACUUAAAAAUGUUUCUGGGCAAUCCACUAGAAACAUUAACCAAUAGGAUUUUGGUGAGCUUAGCUUCUGUAUUCCUACUGCCGCCGAGAAAAGGGGCAGGGCUCUGCAGCCCAGGACAGAUGAGCACCCCAUGCCUAUACCUCCCUCCCCCCAGCUAAGUCCCAGAGCAUCUGGGCCCUACCUGGAGACUGGGCUAGCUCUAUAGGCUCAGAGAGCCUGGGGAGGGUGCCAACCCCUCACCUUUAGUAUUUUGGGAGAUAGGGAAAGUGAACAGACUUUCCCUUCCAAAACCCCUCAGGGUGGUUCCCUACCAGCUGGUCUUACUACUUCUAGAAGAGGGCAGGGAGUGAGGCUGCACUCCCGGGCUUUAGGAGUGCGGCUGCGAGCCUUGCUCAGUAUUUUGCUGUCAGCACAAGGAAAGCCAGGAAAGAGUCUGACGCCAGGACUCUGAGCCUCCUGCCGAGUGUGGUCAGAAGGUAGGUGGGUCUUCCCACUCCAGCAAGGCUUAGAACUCUCAAGGGUCGGUGGAGCGCCAUCUCUGUUGAUGGCAUCAGCUCAGUAACUCUACCCGGUACAUUUCCCUUGUGAAAUCACUGCCUUGGGAGCAGACCAUUCUGAAUAACAUUUGGGGAAAGACAAGUUGUGCAUUGUAAAGAUUGGUAAUGACAGACUGGUUCCCCAUAGGCCUAGGUUACCCUCGACCCCUUUUUCCAGAGCGAGGGCCUGGAAUGAAGGCAGUUUCCCCUCUGUCUUUGGAGCCUGGAGAUUUGCGUUGGCUCUUUGAGGUGGAAGAGGCUUAGGGGGCCCAGCCCAGAGCAGCUGUGUGUGUACAAUCUGGCCCCUCUCAGGCUUUCCGAUCUCUUCCGUUGCACUUCGCCUUAUGUCCCUCAGCCAGCCAGACGGCCUCCUUGCUCAGCAGAUGAGUUUUGGAGUGGUUGGUGUGACAUUUGUGAUUAGGGCAGCUCGCGGUGGCCAAGGUGGCAAGCUAGGUCUUGCAGGCUCACUCCGCCUUUGGUUUGCUGGCUCUCAGCCUUGCCCUGUGGGGAUGUCAGCCGGGCCCAGCAAGCCUUGGCCCACUACAUCUUCCCAUUAGGAGGAAAGGUCAGCUGUCGGUUAAGUCAGUAAUUAGUCCGUAGCACAGGCUUAUAACUGUGUGAAGCCAGGAUAUUGUCCGUGAGCAGAGCUGGAACAAAGCUUCAGUCAGUAAGAACCCGCAGAACGUUGAAUGGUGCCCACAUGCUGUUCUGAGGGGAAAUGACCUCCAGGAGUGGGCAAGGGAGAAGGUUGCUGCUGUCUUUACAGUUCCACUGCCCUGACCAAGUUUCCGCAUUCUAAACGGAUAGUGUCCGUCCCUCAUGUAAUAGUGGUUUCUGGCCCAAGAUGAGACUCUCCUUUUCAGCUGGAGAAGGUACAGAGGUGGGCCAGGUGGGAAGGCCAGAGUGCUGAUUGCUCAGCCAUCGGGACCACCUGUUCUUGCUCCCCUCCUCUAGUGGGAUCCAAGGGGAGGCUGGCUGAUGGGUGUCUGUGGAUCGAGGAUGUAGUGGGGACUGAUGCUCCCACCUCCCUCCGGCCAAAGAUGGGGCUCUGCCCGCUGUGUGCCUGCCACCACCCAUCAGCGGUCAUGUCCUGGCUUCCCAGAUGGAGAUGUGACAGGCAAAAUUUUAAAGAGAAAGAAAUGAAAACAGGAAACUAUUGUGUUGGGGGGAGGUGGGAGGGGAGAUGAGAGAACGGUUUGGAUUUUGUGUGUGUGUUUGUGGGUGUUUUGGGUUUUUUUUGUAGGGGGGGUAGUUGUCUGUAACUUUCCUUAAGUGCUUUUUUUUUUUUUUUUUUAAAGUUUUUAAAAGUAAGCUGCAGGCUUUGGCUUGGAAAACCCCAGGGGAGUGGGGGGCAGAAACCUGAGGCUGCUGCCCCUUUAUCUGCCUUCAUGGUACUGUCCCCUUCCCCCAGCUCCUCCCUGACUCUGUGAGCCAGGCCUCAGACCUUCCAGCUAACCGCUUCCCAUGAGCCACUACUCUGAUGUCAGCCUAUAACCAAAGGAGCUGGGGGUCUGGGCCUGGUGACCAACCCUUCUCCGCCCACUCAAUCAGGGUGCUCCCCACCUGCAGGCAGGAGGCAACACCCUAUCUGCUACCAUCAGCCCCUUCCAGAGCCCACUGCCUCACCCCGCCCUGUCUAGCCCAGCCAUACCCUGCUCUGCCCCAUCUGGGGAUGCUCUGCUCAGGGAUGGGCCGGCAGGGCUGCCCCAGCCUCCCUGGUAGGCAGAGACUCUGGAAACCUCUGGGGUCCUGUUUUCGGCCAUGUGAUCCCAGGGGUGCAUAUGGGCCCCUUGGGUAUCUGAACAGAAGGGCAUGGGAGGGAGGGCCGCACCCCUGCAGUCCUGCUCUGCUGGUCUAGCGGGUAGCUGCCCACCCUACCCCACCCCGCACCGCGGGCUCCUGAGUCGGCAGAUUAAGCAUUUUAUAAAUUGUAUUUUAAAUACAUGUUUUAAACUUGU